AUGAAGACUAUUGGACUCAUUUCAGUCAUACAGAUCCUCUCGUUGGCCAGCUUGAGUAAUGGCAUACAGAGAGCACCUCGUAUUAUCACAUUAUUGGAGACAGUAGACGUACGACUGGAUCACAAUGCAACCUUCAUAUGUGAGGUAGAAUCCCGACCUUCAGCAGACAUUACAUGGAUCAAGAAUAACCAACCUAUCAUGUACUAUGACUCCCGGUACCUUACUCGGGAGCAGGGACAAAUUCUUAUAAUUCCCCAUGUAAGAGAAAAUGACAACGGGGAGUACUGCUGCCUCGCCAGUAACGGUAUUGGAAAGCCAGCCAAAAGUUGUGGAGCACUGCAGUUAAAAAUGAAACCACAAAUCAAGCGGCAUCCAACAAAUGUGACUCUUUUGGUGGAGUCCAAAGCAGUAUUGCCAUGCAUUACCCUUGGUAACCCAAAACCAGACAUUACAUGGCUGAAAGAUGAUGAGCUUAUUAAGGUCAGUGACCGUGUUAAUAUUCUGGACUAUGGCGCACUGAAGAUCAAUUAUAUUCAGAAGGAAGAUGCUGGACAGUAUCGAUGUGUCGCUAAGAAUAGCUUUGGUUUGGCAUUUUCUAAACCUGCCACCAUUGAAGUACAAGCUCCAGCACGAAUCCUGAGAGUUCCCAAGGAGAAGCGAGUAGUGUAUGGGAGCCAAAUAUCUCUGGAGUGUAAUGCCACUGGAAAUCCAAUUCCCACUGUCACCUGGUUAGAAAAUGGGAAUACUAUCUCGGGUGCAUCAAUUGAUGAGACCUUGGUGGGAGAAGUGGUUUUGUCGGUUCUUAAGGUCACAGUGAAUAAACCAGCUCUUUAUACAUGUCUGGCCUCUAAUAGACACAGUGCAGGAGCUAACACUGUCAAAGCAACGGCUAGAGUGACCGUCGCAGAAUGGAGACUGUACAAGGGAGUUGGAGGCUUCUGUAGUGCGUAUCGUGGAGAUGUGUGCCGCACAAUUUUACAUGAAGAUUCAUUGGUUUUCUUCAACACAUCCAUCUCUGAUCCGGAGGACAUGCAGGAGUACCUGGUUCAGAGCUGGUGGACGGAGUUCGACGGACUCAGUAAACUAUGUGGCCCUGCAGUGCAUUCACUCCUGUGUCAUACCUCCUUCCCUGAUUGUAAUCCGUCAGGAUUGGGACCUGCACCUAAACCUGUCUGCAGGGAGCAUUGCCUUGCGGUGAAGGAACUGUAUUGUCAGAAAGAAUGGUUGAUACUUGACGGUAGCAUGUCCAUCCAGCCUGAACCCAACAGUUCAGCCACAAACUCCAACAUACCCCGUUUGUCAUUGCCCAAAUGUCAAACUUUGCCAAGUCUCCAUUCAGACCCUGACGGUUGUACUCGUGUCCCUUUUGUGGACAUCAAGUCAGAUCAAAUGACAACAACAUGUUACACUGACAGAGGACGUUUUUACCAAGGCAACAUUAACGUGACAAGGUCAGGGAUACCGUGUCAACCAUGGGACCAACAGGUUCCUCACAAGCACCGCUUAUCUGUGGAUGCCAUUCCGGAGUUAAAAAAUUCUGAUAACAGCUGUAGAAACCCAGCAGGAAUCAGCGACAAGCCAUGGUGCUACACCUCAAAUCCCAACAUACGCUGGGAGUACUGUGCUGUACCGCAGUGUGGGGAAGUACGCUUAGGAACAGGCUUUGUUUCAGUGGUUAAACAAGAGCCAACAGGCCCUCGUCAUCUCCCUCCAACAACAGCAUCAUCACCAGCAUACUCCAUGUCUGUCAUUGUUAUCAUUCUGACUGUACUUGCUUCUACGGUCUUCAUCACCAUUGUGAUCCUUGCAUGCCGGCGCCGAAGAAAACAAUGGAGACAGCACAAACGGGAAAUGGAGACCCCAACAAUGACAGCUCUCCCUUCAGAGCUCCUGCUGGAUCGAUUGCACCCAAAUCCAAUGUACCAACGUGUUCCUUUGCUUCUGAACUCCAAGCUGCUGGCUUUAGAAUACCCCAGGAAUAAUAUUCAGUAUGUCCGGGAUAUUGGAGAGGGAGCCUUUGGAAGAGUUUUUCAAGCCAGAGCCCCAGGCUUGCUUCCGAUGGAAACUUUCACAAUGGUGGCUGUGAAGAUGCUAAAGGAAGAAGCCUCAACAGACAUGCAGAAUGAUUUCCAGAGAGAGGCCGCACUCAUGGCUGAAUUUGACCAUACCAAUAUUGUUCGACUCCUGGGUGUCUGUGCAGUGGGUAAACCCAUGUGCCUCAUGUUUGAAUACAUGGCCAAUGGCGACCUCAAUGAGUACCUGCGGCGUCGAUCUCUGACACAGUCCGUGCGGACACUAAGUCGUGCGAGCCUAUCCAUUCGCAGUUUUUCUUCAGAGAUUGAAGCUGGGCAACUCUCUUGCCCCGAGCAAUUGUCAAUGUCCACACAGAUUGCCGCAGGUAUGGCCUACUUGUCAGAGCGCAAGUUUGUUCAUCGCGACCUUGCAACAAGAAAUUGCCUGGUUGGAGAGGAAAUGGUGGUCAAGAUUGCAGAUUUUGGCCUCUCUAGGAAUAUAUACUCAGCAGAUUACUAUAAAGCCAACGAGAAUGAUGCCAUACCAAUCCGCUGGAUGCCUCCAGAGUCUAUUUUCUACAACCGUUACACCACUGAAUCUGAUGUCUGGGCCUAUGGUGUGGUGUUAUGGGAAAUCUUCUCCCAUGGCAUGCAGCCAUAUUAUGGCAUGGGACAUGAGGAAGUUAUUUACUAUGUCAGGGAUGGUCAUAUUCUUUCCUGUCCUGAGAAUUGCCCUCUGGACUUAUAUAAUCUAAUGAGGCUUUGUUGGAGCACACACCCAUCUGAUCGGCCUAAAUUCAGCAGUAUACAUCGAAUUCUGGAGAGAAUGCAUCAAAAUAUGCAGAGCCCAAAUGCUGAUAAUGAGGUUGAAUGUUAA